AUGCGCAGUGUCAUCAAGCAAGCUUUGGCCGCCGCAUGGUUGGCGACCACGGCCUCGGCCGUGACACCCAUAUCCGACGCGGACAUGAGCCGAAUGCUGAACGAGGGAGGAGUCAGUCUCGCCAUCAAGGCCCAGCCAAUGUUCUUCUUUGGACAAGCAUUGCACCAACCUCCCUGUAUACCCACGCUCGCAACGACUCCGGACGGAAAGCAAAUCCCGUCCUCGAGGCUCUGCGACUGGCCCGAUGUUGGCUGCGACUGUCGAAACCCAGGCGUCGGCAUCGGCAACCCCAGCCCUUCGUUCCCCAUCUACUACAGCUACAAGAAGUGCUCGGAUACCUCUGUCCGAGUCGUCUACAACUUGUUCUACACAAAAGACGGCAAUAACCCGAACAAGAUCUUCGGACACCCCUACGACUGGGAACGCGUGAUAGUUGUUUUCGCCAAGGCCGCCGAUGGAAACUGGCGCCCCGACCAGCUGUUCCUCUCUCAACACAGCGGUUACGGCCGCCUGCAGUGGGCCAAGAUACAGAAUACCAUCAACACCCAAGACGCGACCAAACCGCGCGGCGGCGACGACGCAAGACAGGACCUCGACCAUCCCAAGGUCUACGUCGAGUGGAGCAAGCACGCUCAUCGCGACACCCGCAACACCGGCUGGAACGACCCCCUGUCCCAGCUCACAGAUCUCGCUUUCCGAUCCAACGACUGGUGGUACUUUCCCAAACGAGACGACUAUAUCCGAGCAGAUCGAUCAACCGAGAUAGGGAGACUGCUGGGGAGCUUCGAUUGGGGAGACGCCUCAUCAAACCCCCCAUCAGUGCAUGACGGCCUUUGCACUGCCUAA